AUGGUGUUGUAUAUUAUUGGUUUAGGUUUAGGGGACGAGAAGGAUAUAACAAUUAAAGGAAAAGAAAUUAUCGAAAAAUCAGAUAUUGUUUAUUUAGAAUCAUAUACUUCUAUUUUAUUUAUUUCAAAAGAAGAUUUAGAAAAGUUUUAUAAAAAAAAAAUUUAUGAAGUAGAUAGAAAUUUUGCUGAAGAAAAUUGUGAAGAAAUUUUAAGUGAAGCAAAAAAUAAAAUAGUUUCAUUUUUAGUUGUGGGAGAUCCUUUAUGUGCUACUACCCAUCAUGAUAUUAUUUUAAGAGCAAAAAAAGAGAACAUUAAAGUACACAUCAUUCACAAUACUUCUAUUAUCUCCGCUAUUGGUGAAAGUGGAAUGCAACUAUAUAAUUUUGGUCAAAUAGUGUCAAUCCCUUUUUUUGAAAAAGAUUACAAGCCUACUAGCUUUUAUGAUAAAAUUAAAAUUAAUUUAUAUAAUAACUUUCAUACGUUAUGCUUAUUAGAUAUUAAAGUAAAAGAAAGAACAAUAGAAAAUAUUAUGAAAAAUAGAAACAUAUAUGAACCACCUAGAUACAUGACUAUUAACGAAGCUAUUGAACAACUUUUAUACUGUGAAGAUAUUCAUAAAAAGAAUGUUAUUACGCAAAAUACUAUGGGUAUUGCUAUAGUUAGAAUAGGAUCAAAUAAUCAACAAAUUAUAUCAGGAAAUUUAUUGACAUUAAAAUCGUUGAAUUAUAACAAACCUUUACAUUCCCUAAUAAUAUGUGCACCUAAAUUACAUGAUAUAGAAAAAGAAUAUUUUGACAUCCAUUUACAUAAAAAUUAA